AUGGAUGAAGAGUACGACGUCAUUGUCCUCGGCACCGGUCUUAAGGAAUGUAUUCUCAGCGGGCUUCUCUCUGUCGAUGGUCUCAAAGUGUUGCACAUGGACAGAAAUGACUAUUAUGGUGGAGAGUCGAGUUCCCUCAAUCUAACUCAGCUUUGGAAGCGUUUUAACGGGAAUGACCAUCCUCCAGAAAAGUUAGGCUCAAGCAGGGAGUACAAUGUUGAUAUGAUUCCUAAGUUCAUGAUGGCUAAUGGUACUUUGGUCCGGGUACUCAUCCACACUAAUGUGACCAAGUAUCUAAACUUCAAGGCUGUGAAUGGUAGUUUUGUGUACAACAAAGGGAAGAUCUACAAAGUUCCAGCAACCGAUGUUGAAGCAUUAAAAUCCACUCUGAUGGGACUAUUUGAAAAGCGCCGCACUCGAAAGUUCUUUAUUUAUGUCCAAGACUUUGAAGAGAAUGAUCCUAAAUCUCACGAAGGACUGGAUCUGAACACAAUAACUGCCAGAGAACUUAUCACAAAGUAUGGACUUGAAGAUGACACUAUUGAUUUUAUUGGUCAUGCAUUGGCACUUCAUAUUGAUGAUAGUUAUUUGGAUCAGCCAGCUAUGGAUUUUGUGAAAAGAAUGAAGCUCUAUGCAGAGUCUUUAGCACGUUUUGAUGCAGGAUCUCCUUAUAUCUAUCCUAUGUAUGGACUGGGAGAAUUGCCGCAGGCAUUUGCGCGUUUAAGUGCAGUCUAUGGUGGCACUUACAUGCUCAACAAGCCACAAUGUAAGGUGGAGUUUGAUGCAAAUGGAAAAGCCUUUGGUGUGACCUCUGAAGGAGAAACUGCUAAAUGCAAGAAAGUUGUUUGUGAUCCAUCCCACUUACCUCAUAAGGUUCAGAAGGUUGGAAAAGUUGCUCGUGCCAUAUGUAUAAUGAGCCAUCCAAUCCCAGAGACCAAUGACUCCCACUCAGCCCAGGUCAUUCUGCCACAGAAGCAACUUGGUCGUAAAUCAGAUAUGUAUCUGUUCUGUUGCUCCUACUCCCACAAUGUGGCUCCAAAAGGGAAAUAUAUUGCUUUUGUUUCUACAGAAGCAGAGACCGAUGAACCUGAGGUUGAAUUGAAGCCUGGGAUAGAGCUACUUGGACCUGUAGAUGAGAUAUUCUAUGAAAUUUAUGACAGAUAUGUACCUACGAACAACCAUGAAACUGACAAUUGUUUCAUAUCUGCUAGUUAUGAUGCAACAACACACUUUGAAUCCACCGUGAAAGAUGUGAUAGCCAUGUACAGUAAGAUAACUGGAAAGGCUCUUGAUCUGUCUGUGGACUUGAGUGCUGCAAGCGCUGCUGCUGAAGAAUAA